ACAAAAAGUAGCAACGCAAGCUGUAUUCCAAGCAAGACGCGAGAGCGACAACACCCACAACAGCAACCACCGCCGCCAUCAACAUGGGCUGGGGAGAUCAGCUUUGGGACCAAGACGCAGAGGUCUUUGCCCACGUGGAUAAAGGCGCCGACUUUCUGUUGAGAUGCAAAGCAUUCAUGCAAGCACGCAGCCACCUCGAGCUCGCCUUUGCCCGCGACCUCGAGAAACUGGUGGAGAAGUUCAAGCUGGACUCCAGCAAGCCAGACAUCGCCGAUGACCACAGCACGCUGCAAGUGGCGUGGAACACGGUCCUGACAGAGACAACACACAUUGCGAAGCAGCACGAAGACAUGGCGGAGAAGUUCGUUGCAGAGUGUGCUGAUCCCUUGCAAGAGCUGGCCACCGAGCACAAGAGCGGGCGCAAGAAGGCCGCAUCAGACCUCGCCGCCGCGAAGAAGCGGCUGGCGGAUGUGCAGUCGCGUUACGAUUCAGCGCGGAAACUCUACGACAAGGCGUAUCGCGAGUACACUGAUGUGAGCAACAAGCUGAAAAAGUUGGGCGAGGUGGGCACCAACUCUAAGUCCAAAGUGGACAAGCUGCGGCACGAGAAGAACCGGCUGCACCACGAGACGGACGCGACCAAGGGCGAGUACAACCUCCUUCGCGACGAGCUCAGCAAGGCGCAGAUGUCAUUCUACAACCAGGAGCAGGCUGACAUCCUCAACAGCUUGGAGGCCCAGACGCAUUCGCGCACAAAAGCGCACACGAAUGUCCUGCGAACAUACGCGCAGAUUCACGAGAAGGCGUUGCCUGUCAUUGGGCAGUGCAUUGCGGGCAUGGUGGAGAGCCUUGAUGCCGUGAGCGCAAACGACGACACGGAGCUGCUGGCAAACAACUACAGAACCGGCAAUCCCAUGCAGACCGAAGUGGCAGAGCACGACCCUAGUGCGGGGACAGCUGCCCCUGCCUCGACGCUGCAGAAGAUGAAUGCUCGUCGGGUGAUGCGCCCAAAGAUCUUCAAGUCCUCACGCAAGAAGACUGCUGUCCGGGAGGACUUUGGGCAUUUGCCCCCCGAACAGCGCCGAAAGGCAAUCCUGAAGAAAGUUUCAGAGUUGCAGGAGGAGCACACGCGCGUUUCAAAGAGCAUGGGUGCAAUGUCCAAGACGAUUGAGGUGUACCGACAGCAGCCGCAGUUUGGCGACGAGCGGGCGCUGGCCAAGGCACAGAAGGAGGUUGACGAAUACACCAAGAAGCAGGAGCAAGUUGCGGGCGAGCUGUACAAGUUUCAGUUGUACCUGUGCGCGUUGCAAGGUACCGAGCCGCCAACCCCGCCCGUCGGUUACAAGUCGGAGGGAUCGUCCACGUCUCUGGGCGAUGGCGCUGACGCAAUCAGCAUGGCAAGCAUGAGCGCGACGUCCCAACAAGACCGCUCCCUCUCCGUCGCUUCCAGGCAACACAUGCAACAACAGCAGCAACACCAUCACGGCGACACAGAUGCAUCCGAUGAAGAAGAUGACUACGAAGACGCCGACGACUUUGAACAUGGUGAUGACUACGGCUUUGAGGAACAACAACAGCAGCAGCAGGCAGCUGAACCACAGCAGCCGCCGACGAUUGCGAUUGGCGUUGCGCUGUAUCCGUUCCCUGGAGCAAAUGAUGGCGAGAUGCCCGUCGCGGAGGGCGAGCGUGUGCAUGUGCUUGAAGAUGAUGGCAGCGGGUGGGCGCGUGUGUUCAAGAAUGGCCAGCAAGGCUACGUACCACGCGCUUAUCUUCGCUUUGAGGAUGCGACAGCAUAACCCUCUUGGCAUGGUUGUAUUGUGGACAUGUGUGUGUGUGUGUGUGUGUGUGUGGCUUGAAUCUGCACAUUCAUCUUUCCCGUAGUGCUUGUGGUCCACUUUCUUGAAGGAGCCAGUGCUAGUUUGUUUCAUGCCUAUGCUUGCCUUGCAUUCGUUUUCCUCGUGAGUGUGUGUGUGCGUGUGCGUGUAUGUUGCGCACCCCCUCCCCGUCCUUGUUCAAUUUUGCCCAGCACACCAUGCGAUUGAUCAUAUCUGUGUUUUCAGCCGUUGUUGCAAUGCUUCUUCUUCCGCUCUCUCCCUCUUGUCAUGUUUGCUGUGCCACAAGCACUGCAUGUCAUUUCAUCUUCCUCAUCAUUGUCAUGAUGUGAUUUGUACCGAAUAUCAACACAAGUAAGCCCAACCGAGUUUUCAGCAACAACAGUAACAACAGUAACAACA